AUGAUAAUGAAUAGAAAUGCUUGCACCAAAACGAUUAGCAGUUUGUGGAUCGCCAGCUUUCUCAAUGCUUCUUUGCACACCAUUGCCACUUUUAUUUCUCCUUUCUGUUCUAAUAUUGUUAAUCAGUUCUAUUGUGAAGUCCCAUAUUUACUUAAAAUUGCCUGUUUUGUUUCAUAUGCAACUAAAUUUGGAGUUUUAAUGUUUACUAUUACUCUAACAGCUGGCUGUUUUGUUUUUGUCAUUGUCACUUAUGUACAUGCCUUUUCUGCAGUUAUGAGAAUUCCUUCUGUUCAAGGAAAGAAAAAAGCUUUCUCUACUUGCCUACCACAUGUUUUUGUCUUCUUAUUUGUGUUUACUGCUUCUUUUGCUUACCUAAAACCUAUCACUGACCACCCAUCAUUCACUGACUUCAUAAUAACAUUAAUGUAUUCAAUUAUUCCAUCUAUGUUGAAUCCAAUAAUCUAUAGUCUGAGAAACAAAGACAUCAAAGUCACUCUUACAAGACUUUCAGUUCAAAUAUUAUUGCUGUUUAAGAAGAAUUAA